ACGCGCAUGCGUCAGAGCGAGAAGAAAAAGCAGCUCUCUUACUCCAGUUGGGUUGGUGGUUUCUUGUGUUUGUGAGGAAAAGGGGCCACCGGAUCAGCGGCCAUGAACGGGUUCGGCAUUGGAGCAGCUCCACUCAGGAAUCCCAGCAGUGAAACCCUGGAGAAAAUCGACAUGUCGUUGGAUGAUAUCAUCAAAUUGAAUAAGAAAGAGGAGAGGAAGCAGUAUUCUCCUAGAACCAAAAGAGGAGCUCAGCAGAACGGCACGCGGCAGUUCCGGAUGAGGAGAACCAAGUGGGGAAUCCAGGAAUAUAUUGGUUUUGGCAAGAACCGCCUAGGACGCAGAAAGCGGGUGGCUGGGAAGAGGCGCCCCUACAGUCUUAAAACGGGGCUGGCGGCCAGGAAGGCAUUGGGGAUGUCCAAAGGCAUCAGCCCCCUCAACAGGUCACCCCUCAGUGAAAAGAACGUACAGCGGAACUACUCCAUUUUGAAAAGGAAGGCAAACGUUCAGAGGCCGUCAGAGUUGCAGCGAAAGCAAGGAGCCGUUCUCAGGAGGCCCCCAUUGCUAAACAGAAGAAGCAACGUACAGUCCCCAUCAGCCAGGAUUGGAAAUAAGCUAUACCAGCAGAAGGACACGCGCCAAGCAACUUUCCUCUUUCGGAGGGGCCUAAAGGUGCAGGCACAGGUACAUUCCGAAGAUAACCUCAGCAGCCAGGGUGCAAAAAGAUCUCGCCCGUGGCGAACAUCCACUACAAAUGGAGGGAUCUUGACCAUAUCCAUUGACAAUCCUGGGGCGAUUCCAUCCCCGAUCUCUUUGAAGCCGAGGAUAACUAGCACUCCGAUACCUCCCUUUCUCAUGAAGAGGGACCAGCCUGAAGAGAAGAAGGUCCCCAGAGGCGUCCCCCUGCAGUUCGACAUUAACAGCGUGGGAAAGCAGACAAGCAUGACCCUCAACGAGCGCUUUGGGAUCCUGAAGGAACAGAGGACAGCCCUUUCUCAGAACAAAGGCAGCCGUUUCGUAACGGUGGGCUAGAGGCUCUUUCGGGGAGACCCUUGCAGGGGGGGGGCGUCUUUCUGAGGAACUAAAUGAACUGUGGCUGAGAUGUAUGGGAUCUAUUGGACUUUGUGUCAAGAUGCUGAUGAAGCUGGGUUUUUUUUUUACUGCUUUUACUUUAAAUAGUCAAAAGAAACAGAACCCUCACGUGAUGGUGGUCCAGAAAAAAAAAAGAAAAAUUAGCGUGUUUGGGGAAUGGAGUCAAGUUGCUUGGAGGAGAACAGGGUCUCCUGGGCCCCAAGCAAGAGAGAAAAAGGCAAAUAGCCUUAUUUUGGUUUCUUAAGCAGCCAGGGGAUGUUCAUCUGGUGGCCAGUAUUUGAACCAUUCAGUGCUGGAAUCGGUCUCAUUUCAUUCCAUCCCACUGCCAAAGUUUGCUCUGGUUUUGACACGAAUUUUUCAGUGAAGAAUCCCUCCCUGCUCCCAGCUAUUUUCCUGUGACUUCAGCUCAAAGGUCUUUGAUCCUCUGCAGCUCUACAGUUCAGCUGAGGGUGGAGGCCACAUUGUUUGAAAAUUUGAGGCGGUAAAAUAACAUUUCGACAGUUGGUGGAGAGGAAGAGGCAUGAUGGCUGUUGUCACUUAAGCAGCAGUAAUCGAGAAUGGGCCUCAGCCCAUAUGCUUGAGAAAUGACCCUAUUUGGUACAACGUUAAGCCAAUGCCAUUUAGCCCUCUUGCUCCCCAUUAAAGAGGCUGGCUGGCUUCAAAUCUCCAUGAGCUGAAACGAAGCUUUGACCGUUUACUAUUACCAGAUAAGUUAUUUUGGUUGUUUCUCUAUUGUGUUGUAGAAAUGUGCCCUUUGUGGUUCCUAUGCUCAGUGGUAGUUGCAACAGGUGUGCACCAAGGGACCUCUCCAGUUUAUCCAGGGAUCACAGAUCAGAGCACACUCUGAAUUCCUGCGUGUUAGAUUUUUGAAUACACAAUUUGCUUUAUAACCGUCAGGAUGGGUCCAGCGUCCAAACUUAAUUGAGGCGAGCCAUGUUCAGAGCUCUAGCUUGAGUGCUGUAAUUGCCUGCGAUGGUACCUCUUGCUUCCCACACUGAAAAUAGCCGGAGGGGUGCAGUGUGAUGCACCUAGAUAGAAUCUAAAAACCUACCUAGUUUCUUGGGUUUCGGAAACACGUUGUACAUCACACAGUCUUCGUUUUCCCUUCAAUUUCCCACACCAUUUGCUUAUUGUGGAAUUUGAAACAAAGGUCUCUUUGGCAGUAGCAGCACCUUCUUAGAGCAGUUUUAAUUUCAUCAUGCAUCCACAACAGUUCUCAUUCAACUUCUUCUGUUCUUAAUUCUUUGAGAUAUCUUCUGUACCUUUACAAUGGGAAACCAGUUUGGAAUAUAAGUUUUUUUUUAAACCUUGUUAGUAGGAAUUCUGUUCAAGGGGUCUGUUAGAACUGAAGUAGACGGUAUGCAGAUGAUCAUCCUGUGCUUGUUUUCCACCAGGAUGCAAUUAAAAAAAAAUCUUUUGCAUCAUCGUAGAUGCAAAACAUUGAUGCAAUGCAUCUCCAGAGAGCUAGUUUGUAUGUAAGGAGAAUAUGCUUUAAACUGUACCUUUUGGUAUUUUUUUUGAGAAGUUAAUACAUUUGGAUCUAUUCUAAAGCUGUUGGACUUUUUAAAAAUAAAAAUGUUACAAGUU